GGUCUUAAAGUUCCCAUCUUACUAUACACCUUUGCAAACUCUGGUAAAAGAUAAGAAAUCUGAAGACACGAUCUGGUAUCGCGAGCCUUCGUACAUUAUGACUGUCGGUUGUUCUGCUCAUAAACCUUACUAAUCCUAAAGACCCGAAGUCAUAUUGUCUGUGGAUAUUCAGCUAUGAACAUGAACACUUGCAUGGCAUCCCAGUCCAUUUUGUGUUUGCUUGUCCUGGCACAGUGGACAGUAAGCUGCCACGGACAAACAAAUUUCUUCGAGCUCGAGGAUCUGAAUGUCACAGAAUGCGAAGAUUUUCAAAAUAAAAUGAUUAUCGAACUUGAAGGACAGCUGAAGGACGUGGAGCUCUCGCUGGCGGAGGUGGAAAGAAACAUUGUGCAGCUAACAGAUGCGCAGACAUGGGAAACAAACGUCAAAGACCUUUUGGAGAAUAACGAGGGGCUGCUCAAAUCCUUAUUUGAUGAAGUCACUUCUAAGGAUGCCGUGAAAUCACGAAGGGCAGCAUGUGUCCUUUAUAGCGAAAGGGUACGACUGGUGAACGGACAUACCCCUGCCGAAGGCCGGGUCGAAGUGUGGAUAGGAUCCACUUGGUCCCCUCUGGCAGAAAAUCUGUAUCGCAAGAAGGAGGCGGAUGUCGUGUGUACAGCGCUUGGAUACAACGGGCUGAAUGCAGCCCCCACAAGCUAUGUCAUAUUUGGCGAGAGCAGUGAUACCACCAACGUGUUGUCUCCAAUUAACUGCCAGCACUCCGCAGGGGCCAUUUGCAAUCCUCUUGCUGAAGACAUUCGUCUUGUUGGUGGUCAGAACCGGUUCGAGGGUCGCGUGGAAAUAAGAGUUAACGGCCAAUGGGGUGCUGUGUGCGACGAUGCCUGGGAGACAAAUGACGCUAAGGUCGUCUGCAAUGCUCUGGGCAUGGGACAGAGCGGUGCUGCGGCCGCGGGCAAUAGCUUGUUCGGCAGAAGCGCGGAUCCCGUCUUGCUGCGAGGCCUGCGAUGUGGCGGCACCGAAUCUCACCUGCUGUCCUGCCAGGCGGACCGGAUUGUGGGUGCUGCCAGCGACUGCAGCGCCAGUUCCGAGGCCGGUGUCAUUUGCGGGGACUUUCUUCCUUACCCUGUUCGCUUGGUGGGAGGAUCUAGUCAGCUAGAAGGUCGUGUGGAAAUAAGAGCGUUCAAUGAGUGGGGAACCGUCAACCGUAACGGCUUCGACAACGCAGACGCCAGUGUCAUCUGUAGGAUGCUGGGAUAUAGUCCGCAAGGAGCAACUGCUGUGCGAGACUUGAGGUUUGGUGCAGGGCACUGGGCGAGUAUGGUUGGCCGACCUCCGGUGUACCGGCAAUGAAGACCAUGUUCUUCAGUGCUACUCCUCCGUGGCUCUCGGCAAGGGGACCGCCUACCAACACAGCGAGGACGCCGGAGUUACCUGCCAGUUGUAGGAGCGCUUGAGGGCAGAAGAACGCUUUACAACGGGCUACGAACACAAAACAUCUUCAGAAAGUUUCCAGCUUCCCAUUGAGAGAAUGCUUUGCUCCAAGAUGAAAAUUUCAUACACACCACGAGAUUAAUUAAAAAGACUGUACAGAUA